CGGCUAGCUGCGUUAGCACCGAGCCUUUGGAGUUCACCAGGAAACGGUACGACCUGACGUUAUCUCGAUCCAUGCUAAGGCGAGGAGCUGUCAAAUAUAUUAAUUAAUCAUUUUAGUUAUUUCGUCGUUUAUUUCUCGUUCACUCUGCAGAGGUCUGGCCGACACUUAAGGAAACUGAUUAACAGUGACAGACUUGUCAAUGUGUUACAGCUGGUUGAACGAUACCUACAUGGCUGCUCCCAUCAACAUUAAACAAAUGAGCAUGUGACCGAGGACCAGGGUCUACAGCACAUGAUCUGGAAACCUGGAGGAGGCUGAUAUCAACCAGGGGUAAUUUUUUUCAAAGAGAUCAGGAGUGAAUAGCCAUGACAACAAAGACAUCCCUGCUGAAAGUGAUUCUGCUCGGUGAUGGUGGUGUAGGAAAAAGCUCCCUCAUGAAUCGUUAUGUUACCAACAAGUUUGAUGCACACCUUUUCCACACCAUUGGCGUUGAGUUUCUCAACAAGGAACUGGAGGUAGAUGGCCACCAGGUUACCCUGCAGAUCUGGGACACUGCUGGCCAGGAGCGCUUCCGCAGCCUGAGGACUCCUUUCUAUCGUGGCUCUGACUGCUGCUUGCUCACCUUCAGUGUAGAUGACAACCAGAGUUUUGUCAACUUGUGCAACUGGAAGAAGGAGUUCAUCUAUUAUGCAGACGUCAAGGAUCCAGAGAAGUUCCCGUUCGUAGUCUUGGGCAACAAACUGGAUGUGACAGAGCGGCAGGUGUCCACCGAGGAGGCCCAGCAAUGGUGCCAGGAGAACGGCGGCUACCCCUAUUAUGAGACCAGUGCCAAGGAUUCUACCAAUGUCGCGGUGGCCUUUGAGGAGGCAGUACGCAGAGUGUUGGCACUGGAUGAAAGAACGGACCACCUCAUCCCCACAGACACUGUUAAGCUCCACAGAAAGCCUCGCUCUGCUGCCACUUGCUGUUCAUAACAUAUAGGAGUUAUCACUAAUAUCAAUUUGCUGUUCUGCCUGUUAUGUGAUGAGGCUGUAGGUGCACAAUGCUGUAGUGACAUCUUAUUUAAACAAAUGACGCUACUCGCUUUAUUAUCUGUCAUACUGUUGAUGGUUUGAUAGUGCUAACAGUUGGACUCCUGCUUGAAGAGAAAGAGGGGAAACACUAAAUUGACCCCUGUCUAAUUACAAAUAAACAUGAAACCACUUAAUCACUCACUCAGUCUGCCACCGUUAGUUAGGCUUUGAAUGGAGUAACAGAAAAACAAUAUGUUUUGCAUUGGGCGAAGACUACCCAUGUGGAACAAAAAAUAAGUCAUGAUGGAACAGAGGCAAAUUCUUUGAAAAGUUUCACUUCCCUCUCAAACAGCUGAAUGUCCCAUUCUGUGACUCUUAAAAUAGGUGUGUAUAUGUGUACUACCAUACCACCGUGGGAGUGCGAUUCAUCAUAGGGUUUGUGAACUUCACUCCCAAAUGUAAGAAUGCAGAUGGAGUGAUGACCUGUAUGUUUAUAUUCAGUAAAUAACUGCAUAAUUAAUUUAUACAGCCCAAUAACCUUAUUUCUGAGAAUAAUGAAGUAGCUAAGGCACUACUUUGUGUGACUAACAAAUUGAGGCUUGUUGUGAUUAUUGCACCUUUAGUUCUUGUUCGUGCACAUUCUACAUCAUGAAUAGAUUAUGGCUAUGUGCUGGAAGCACUGAGGGACAUGAAUCCUAACAGAAGAUGCAUAUUAAAGCAAAGAUAACAUGCAUGGCAUAUGGUGUACUUAAGUUUCUGGAAACUUUUGUAUUUUUUAAACUGUUUUUAUCUUAAAAAUCACUGAAUCAUUAUUUCCUUGAAGACAGUGUAAUGAUUGAGUGAACCUUUUUCCUUAUUGUUUGGUUUAUUGUUAUCAAUAAUGGUUUUGAUCUUUACAGCACUCUAAGUUUUUUUUUUAAAUAUAUAUGAAAGUCUUUCCCCACAGCUUAAUAUUUAAAAUGGUGAACUAUUUACCGUAACUGUCUCCCAGUCAGAUUUCAUUUAUAUUCAAAGUUAUACUACUGGUAUGCCAAACGAUAAAUAAAACCCCUGAGAAUUGUCUCUUCAAGUAUGUUUUGUAGCCUGAAAACUCUGUUUAUUAUUCAAAGGUGUGAACUAAACUGAAUGUUGCUGCUGUCCUUUCUAACCACUGCAAUCAUAUAAAGCCUACACCGGUAGGUAGCCUGAAGUUCUUACGUCGUAAAGUCUAAUGUUGAUAAUCAACGUACAGUAGCCAUAUCCACAGCUCACCCAAUAAAAGA